AUGAUGGUAUUAGGUAUUGAGGGUUUUGGGUUGUUAACUAUAGUUUUUUGUGGGUUCUGAGCGUUUAUCUCGAAUCAUAAGCAUUUGUUGAAUGUUUUACUAAGGUUGGAAUUUAUUAUAUUAAAUGUGUUUGGGAUUAUGAGAGUUUACACGUUCAGGGUUGGGUUAGAGGGUGUGUUUGUAAUAUUUUUUUUAGUGAUGGUUGCGUGUGAAGGGGCUUUAGGUUUAUCUUUAUUGGUCUCUAUUGUUCGCUCACAUGGUAAUGAUUAUUUUAGGGGAUUUGGAAUUUUAGUAUGUUAA